UUCCUUUAUUAGAAGUAUUUAAAAUACAGUUAAACUUCAAACAUUGUCCAAAUCCAUUAAAUUGAUGUGAUUUAAUUGUGUACAAAUAUUUAAGAAAUAUUGCAAAACAGGAAUAGUAUUUGAGAAUUUUUUACCAUUUUUAUAACAAUGAGAAAUUAUAAUGAGUACAAUAAUUACAAUAAAGGACGAAGACCUAAAACGGCACCUUUAAAAGCAGGUAAUUAUGAUGUAAUUGAUUCGCCGAUGACCAAGGUGAUUGAGCGUGACUGUGGGUUAAUCCCUAUGAUGAAUGGACACGGUAAAGAAGCAGGGCUUGUCCCCCUAAGUAAGGAGGAAAGUCAGAAGGAAGAUGAGAUGACCAAAAGAUUACACGUUCUUCAGGAAGAAAGUUUAGAGCCGUUAAAAGAAGACUUGUCAGAAUGGCUUGCAAAAACAUUAAAUAUAGAUAUAACAGCAGAGACAUUUAUGGAUGUAUUAGACAAUGGUGUAUGCUUAUGUAAGCUAGCUCAAGUUAUACAGCAGAAAGCCCAGGAAUGUGUGGCCAACGGUACAUGUACAGAGUCUAUUCCCCUCAAAGGUCCCAGAUGUAAAAACAAUGCUCCUUCAGGGAGUUGGUUUGCCAGAGAUAAUGCAGCUAAUUUCUUGACAUGGUGUAAUUCUCAUGGAAUGAAACAGGAAUCUAUGUUUGAAACAGAAUAUCUAGUAUCACAAACAGACCAGAAAUCAGUUAUCAACUGUUUAUUGGAAGUAGCCAGACUUGGUUAUAAGUUUGGACUGGAACCUCCUAAUAUUAUCAAGAUGGAAACAGAGAUAGAAGAGGAAGAGGAAGAGAUACCAGUCAGUAAACCGGUAGAGAUUGUCCGACCUUUGUCUAAUAAGGGGCCUAACCUGGAUGCUGAGAUUCAGCGCAUUGCAUUUAACUGUAAAUGUCAUCAGUAUAUAAAGAAGUUAGGAGAUGGAAAAUAUGCUAUCUUUGGCAAAGUUGUACAUAUCAGGUUUUUACAGAAUCGACAUAUUAUGGUACGGGUAGGUGGUGGAUGGGAUACAUUAGAGAACUACCUGGAGCAUCACAUUCCAAAACAAGUGUUUGAGCACCGUCGGGACAUCCACGGAGAACCGAAAAAUGAUGUAAAUAAAUAUUUGUAUUUCAAGUCACAGUACAGAUCAACAUCGUCAGUUUCAUGAUAUUUUUUAUUGUUAAAUUUGUUUAUAUGAUGUUAAUGUUGUUUAUUUACUAUGCAAUACAUUUGUUUACUUGUUAAUUAGACAUUUGUGAAUGUUAACGAGUUGUUAAUUCAGAAAUGAAGUUUAUAAUGUGAUCUUAAUAUUCCUGUUAUUAAUUUGAGGAACUCUAGGCCAUACCAAAAUGAUUUUUUAUUGUUUUAUGAGGAUUGUUUUUUUCACAACUGUUAUUUAUAAAUGUGAUAAACAAAUACAACUUUUCAGUUAAAAUUAAUGGAAUUUUUUUUUCCAAAAUAAAAAAAAUUAUAGAAGACUUAAGCUUCUUAAGGGCCUUUUAGUGAAAGUUAAUAAUUUAGUAUCUAAAAAAAAUCAGAUUUUAUUUUUAAAUGUGAGUACAGUUUUUACAGUUGACUCAAAAGAAUUUUCAAAAAAAACAAAUCAGAAAUUUGCCUAAAUACACAGCCUCAAAUUACAAAGAACAAAAUAAUUUUGGUGUGGCUUUUGUGAAAUUUUCAUUGGUGAUUUAGGGUUGUGAUUUUGCCUUCCGUCCUUUUGAUUCAGCGCUUUUUUCCAUCAUAUCAUUUAUUUGCAAAAAAUCAUCCUAAUUUAGGUCUAAGUUUUUUUUCUGAAAAUAAAACUUUUUCUAAAUUAAUAUCAAACUAUUGCAUGUUUUAGAUCUAAAACCCCACUGAUUUUAGCAAGCCAUUAAUUUUUGUAUAAAUUGCGAGAGGACAAAUAACUUGAAUGUAAAUUGGUGUGAAAAUUCUAUACAUGGAUCUUUCCUUGUCUACUUGCAUCAAAUAGAUUUGAAAAGCAACGACUCUUGCUAGAAAGGGCUAAACUAAAAAUUUACUCUCAGUGAAUGAAAAUAAGUUGCUGGACAGCAUAUUAAUUCUAAAAAGGAACCAAUUGUUGAAAUAUUGAUCUUUACAAGAUGUUCUCAGGGUGGUUUUUUUUCUUAACUACUAUGAUGUACUUG